CCUUGUUGUACAGUGCGAGUAUCAGUUAAUUCUUGGGAUAAUUGUGUAAAAUGCAUAAAAUUAUGAUAUUUUGGUUUAUGUGUUACAUCGCAAUUGGGCUCUGCAAGGACAGUGAUGAACCCAUAGCAAAUCUAACAGGUCCAAAGGAUAUGUAUGUAGUGCGUGCAACUGUAUACCAAGUUGGCAUCCUUACGAAUAGAACGAAUGAAACUACGGAUUUAAAUUCGGGACGUCAAGAGGCGCUCACUAUUUACCGCAAUAAUGGCUCGAAUAUCGAUUUGAGUAAACUACCGGGAUCAUUGGUAACCAAUGUAACAGCUGAAAAAGUACUAGGCGUGGCUCCUGCGACUAACUCCUCUGCACCUUGGACGGCACUUCAGCAGAUCAUGUCUACACCUCGUCAAGGAAACACCAAUGAUACCGAUCUGAGUAUCCAGAAAUCAAAGCGUGAGGCACCUAAAACCCCCGUGCAAAUAAUAAAGGGUGCUGCCGUCAUACCCCCCGAGGCGGGGGUCAACGCUAUAUCGUUGCCCCCUCUUCUCACACUCAACAAGAACAUUUCAACCAUACCUGUUCCAAUACCGAAUGUUUCCGUCGUUAGUUACGCGAAAGUCAACACAUUAGUGCAUUCCCCUUAAAGUCACGUAAAGCAUAUCGCAAAAAUACGUUAAUUUUAAAAUAUAUUGUAGACUAAAUUGUCAGAACAAAAUAUUAUUAUAUAAAUACCAUGAAAAUGUUUAAAAAAUAAUAAAAUUGUGUAAAUAAGAAAGAAAAAAAUACCGGCCAAGUGCGUGUCGGGCCACGCGCAUUAUAGGGUUCCGUAGAUUAGAGUUAGCCUGUAAGUGGGGUAUGGUUUGUUAUGUUUAAUUAGUCUUAAGUUAUUUUUGUAUCCAAACGUUGGUUUCCUAAUAAAUAAAUUAUGUUAGCAUUUUAAUCAUUUAUGUAACGCACAAAAAUACGGA